AUGACGGGCUUCCGAUUGGGUUGUGGCGGCAAGAAAGAGAAGCUUUCGCCGCCUGGGACGAAGCCGACCGCUCUCGUCGAUGAGGUGUCGGCGCCCCGCGGGUUCGGCAUACGUAGCUAUCUGCACAAUUUCUACUUAUCUCCAACUGUAGAGGAAAUGGAACAAGGUGGAGCAUGGUAUCUUCUUCCUCCACCACCUGCUCAACGACGUGGACUUUUCAUCUGCCGCCUUUGCACCGUAUUAGGACUACUUCUUCUGAUUGGCGGAGCCGUUUCGAUCGUCAUCGGUUACACAUGGCCCCAUGAAGGCAUCGAACAAAGCAUUUAUAAGAUUGUGAUCUAUGAGAUAUAUCGUUGUGGUGGUUGA